CUCGCGAUGUUGUGACUCUGGGUUUGGAAACUGACUUGACUGUACCUGUGGUAUUUGAUUACCGUUUAUUGAAAAAGUAUCAUUUUAGCACACAAAGAAAGUCACGCAACUACAGAGGACAAACAUAGGUACAAGGUGGGCGUUUCAUAUUUAUUUAUUUUUUAAGUAUUGACCUUGAGAGAAUCGGUGUAAGUUGAGGCUACAUUCCACAAAGCCUGGUCUCCGCUCCAAUCAGUUGGUGAAAUUCAUCAGAAAAUUCCUUCACGGUGGAUUGGAGUUUAAAUCCGCUAAAUUAGCACACUAACGCGUGGGAAAACUUUAAACUCUCCUGGUUGUUUUACAAUGCCAUUGUUGUAUUUUACACACUACAUCGUUACUCACGCCAAUGUAAAACAUUAUUAUGCAGUCCACUUACUCUGUAGUGUGCCAUUAUGAAGUUAACGUUAAACUUUUACUGCUAACUGAGGUUCUUACGACUCUCACUGCCUGCAAACAGACAGGUUUCCCUGUUAGCCUUGACGUCAACACAAGCGCGCUCGGGCUCAGAGCAUGCGCAGUGUAGUUUAUUGAAAUACUUUCUGUACUGUCUUUUUCUGCCCUCUGCUGGUGAUUUUGUAGGCUUCACAGACAGUUCUCACUUUUUAUUUGAUUAAGUUCACCUUUAUUUAACCAGGUAGGCUAGUUGAGAACAAGUUCUCAUUUGCAGCUGCGACCUGGCCAAGAUAAAGCAAAGCAGUUCGACACAUACAACAACACAGAGUUACACAUGGAAUAAACAAACAUACAAUCAAUAAUACAGUAGAAACAUCUAUUAACAGCAUGUGCAAAUGAAGUAGGAUGAGAGAGGUAAAGGCAAUAAAUAGGCCAUGGUGGCGAAGUAAUUACAAUAUAGCAAUUAAACACUGGAAUGGUAGGGUGUGCAGAAGAUGAAUGUGCAAGUAGAGAUACUGGGGUGCAAAGGAGCAAGAUAAAUAAAUAAAUACAGUAUGGGGAUGAGGUAGUUGGAAGGGCUGUUUACAGAUGCAGUGAUCUGUGAGCUGCUCUGCCAGCUGGUGCUUAAAGCUAGUGAGGGAGGUAAGAGUCUCCAUCUUCAGAGAUAUUUGCAGUUCGUUCCAGUCAUUGGCAGCAGAGAACUGGAAGGAGAGGCACACCUGUGCAGCCAAAGUAAUAAUUGGCUUUGGGGGUGACCAGUGAGAUAUACCUGCUGGAGCGCGUGCUACUUUAUAUUUUGAUUGAAUGUGGAUUCAUUCCACAGAUGGAAAACAAUACUGGAAAUACUGGAAUAACAUUGAUUGUACAAUUUUACUAUGAUUCAAAGAGAUACAUCCAUCGUGAAUUGAACCCCCCCAGUCAAAACAAAAUAAAUCAGUCAAACUAUAACUUUCCAGCCAAAAUAACUCCAGGUGAAAGGUCACAAAACAAACCUGUGCACUAGCAGAGAUACUGUAUAUAAUGACGAGAUGCUCUUGUCUCCGCACUAACUGGCGCGAAGGCAGACGGUCUGCUUAUCUGUCUAAUUUUUGAUCGUGUUUAAAUUAAGUUCGGUCUGCUUAUAUCACUGUAUUCCCGCGGGGACAUAUUUUGACGGGAAUUGACCCUCUCGCUUCGUUUCUUCCUCUCUGGCACUAGUCUACUUGGUCAGCUGACUGCAAAACAUCUGACAAGGGUAGGACCAGUCUCGACAGAUUGACACCCUGGUUAUCCAAUUAUUAUUCGCAUCCUAUGUACAUCAUCCAAUUAGAUUCGGAGGUGGUUCAAGAGCAGGGUUUUCGGCGAAAGGGAAACAUAGGGGACCCGAAGAUCUAAAGGAUAAGGGAGAAUAUUACAACACACUCUGGAUUUGCAAGUAACAUUGGCAUAAUUGAUGCAUUUAAACUGUAUUUUACGUUUUAUGGGCGGUGUGGAAGGAUCUGUCGGUAAAAGCAGGACUGCGUAAAACUAAUAGGGUGAGGGGGGAUUGGGGAAGCGAGAGUUGUUGGGUCAAAAUGUCGAUUCAGUACGAAGUGGAACCGUUGGCAGACAGCUACGGGGUUGCGGACUCGUUCCCCAAAGAUUUUGGAUAUGGAGAAGAGGAGGCCGACAUCGAGGAUAGCCCAACUCCAUCUGACAGCAAACCUAGAAUUCUGUUAAUGGGUUUGCGAAGAAGUGGCAAGUCGUCAAUACAGAAGGUGGUAUUCCACAAAAUGUCUCCUAACGAGACGUUGUUCCUGGAGAGCACCAACAAGAUCUACAAGGACGACAUCUCCAGUAGCUCAUUUGUCAACUUCCAGAUCUGGGACUUCCCGGGUCAAGUGGACUUCUUCGACCCCACCUUUGACUACGAGAUGAUCUUCAGAGGCACGGGUGCUUUGAUAUUCGUCAUUGACGCACAGGAUGACUAUGUGGAGGCGUUGGGCAGACUCCACCUCACCGUGUCGCGGGCCUACAGGGUCAACCCUGAGAUUAACUUUGAGGUGUUCAUCCACAAAGUGGACGGCCUCUCCGACGACCACAAGAUCGAGACCCAGAGGGACAUCCACCAGAGAGCCAACGACGACCUGGCAGACGCCAGCUUAGAGAAGCUUCACCUCAGUUUCUAUUUGACAAGUAUCUAUGACCACUCAAUAUUCGAGGCCUUCAGUAAAGUGGUUCAGAAGCUUAUCCCACAGCUGCCAACACUGGAAAACCUUCUAAACAUCUUUAUAUCCAACUCUGGCAUAGAGAAGGCCUUUCUGUUCGACGUGGUCAGUAAGAUCUACAUCGCCACAGACAGCAGUCCGGUGGACAUGCAGUCUUAUGAGCUGUGCUGUGACAUGAUCGACGUGGUUAUAGAUGUCUCCUGCAUCUAUGGUCUGAAGGAGGAUGGCAGUGGUAGUGCCUACGACAAGGAGUCCAUGGCCAUCAUCAAGCUGAACAACACCACAGUCCUCUACCUGAAAGAGGUCACCAAGUUCCUGGCGUUGGUCUGCAUCCUCCGAGAGGAGAGCUUUGAGCGCAAAGGCUUGAUAGACUACAACUUCCACUGUUUCCGGAAGGCCAUCCACGAGGUGUUUGAGGUGGGUGUUUCCACACCGUGGACGGGCUCCCAGGCGGCCGGCACGCCCUGCACCAAGGCUGUGACACUCAACGGCACGCCCCGGAGCACUGUCUAAACACAAAUAGACAGACGGAGAGAGGAUAGGAAAGGAUAGAAAAGAAAGAUGGGGAGGGAUCGUGCGGAAAAGACUAAUGGAUUGGGGUUUUCAGUAAACCAAUCAUAACUCUCGCACCCAGAUCCUAAAAAUCACAGGAAGAGGACUAGAGCUAAAAAUUCAAAUGAAGAGUCAGGGCUGAACCCGAAGCUCAGAGGGUAAGGAGGACUGCGAGCUUACAAAGCUAGGAUGAAAGGGAAACUGAAUGCAGAGAUACUAGGAACAUUCGUACAUUUCGUGCGAAUGCAAGGCAUUGUUUUCCGCUGUUUGGCACUCUUUGCCACGAGUAAAAACGGCUAAAUGAAAGUCCAACAGGACUGGUAUACGUAAGCAAAAGCGUAUGUGUUAUUUGGGAACUUUCAGUGAGAGAGGCCUCACGUGCUUCAAGUCCCAAGAGACCUGAGGAAGCUUGGUAAUAUCGUUGUCUGUUUUAGCUGCUGGUUCAUCCAUGUGAAGAAGUACUUAAAAAAAAAAAAUGUAAACGUUGAUGUAAUCCUCGAUAAGGAGAAGAAACUGCAUAGGCUGUAACGGGGAUCAGUAUAGUUGUGUAACCCUGUGCAGACUUAUGGGUUCGAAGUCUCUAAGAAAUGCUUGGUGUUUAUCCAAAACGCACAUGGUAACACUUUCUCAAGGCCUUAUUUAGAUAGAAAGCUUGCAGCAGGCAAGCUCAAUCACUACUCACCCGCCUGUAUGCUGCCCAAGACUGUGCUGCUGGUUUCAUUCAUUCUGAAGAAAACAGGGUUCCUCAGAGUGCAAAAGGGAUUGUAGUGUCCACUUUUUCUGCUUCUGUUCUGCGUGUGUGUCUGAAAAAGAGGAUAGUUGGGGAUUAUGGAUUCAUGACUGCCCCAUGUUGAUUUGCCAGUGCAGGACCUAUGCUCAAAGUUGCUGUAGUGUCAUACUGUAUAAUGCUAUACCAUGUUGGAAAAUUGAGCUAAAGAAUAAACCUGUUACCAGUGGUUUGAUCAGUGAUGCUUCUAGAUUCUGAAACAACAUUAUAGAUUCAAACUAGGAUUUGUUGCAGUUGGAUAUCUGAUUCAUUAGAAUAUUGCACAGACAAAACAUUCUACCUUUUGUCUUCUGGAAAUAAUCCAUUGCAUUGGCUUGUUCUCUUGGUUUGGCUAUCAAAUGAUGCAUGCAGUACAAGCACAUUCUAGAUAUAUCUAUCUCCCUUAUGCAUAAAGUAGUCAGUUUAGCCAUAUUUUCUGACACUCCAUCGUAAUACUGCCCCGCAUGGAUGCUUGCCAUAGACCAAAUGCUACUAACAGCCAACCAACUAUACCAAUCUUCAACUAAUGUGUGCAACUCAUACAUUUAUGACAUCACACGUUCUUUGAGCAUGACCCUUCUCUUUACUGAAGCAGGUGGAGUCCGAUGCCAUUAGGAAUGAGCUAAUCUGGUCCCAGAUCUGUUUGUGCGGUCUUGCCAAGGCGUGACAAUGAAUAAAAGAGUUGGCGAGAUGGCACAAACAGAUCACGGACCAGCCUAACUAGGAAAGGUCUCUGAUGGGACCUAUACAUUCCGGUUGUGUGGCACCAAUUGACAUUAUAUCAUUUAAUGAUCGUUAUGAUCAUGAUAAACAGAAUGGUGGCAAUGAAACGCCGGUCACCACUUCAAACCCUGCCUUACGUGACUAGUUGUUUCAUUCACUCAUCCCCCAUCGCACAGGGGCGGCAGGUAGCCUAGUGGUUAGAGCGUUGGGCUAGUAACAGAAUGGUUGCAAGAUCGAAUCCCCGAGCUGGCAUGGUACAAAUCUGUCGUUCUGCCCCUGAACAAGGCAGUUAACCCACUGUUCCUAGGCCGUCAUUGAAAAUAAGAAUUUGUUCUUAAUUGACUUGCCAAGUUAAAUAAAGGUACAAUUAAAAACAGAUUUGUUUUUAAAUCGCGCCGUCUGGCGCAUAUAGGACAGCAACAACGGCUUUCCACUUCUGGCACUUUGGAAAUCUUCUCCACUGUGCUUUAGCUUUGCUGAUGUUGAUCAGCAUUUCGGUGUCUAUUAGGUUUGUCUCAGAGCCUCAAGGAGUUGGGCAAUUGCUUGUUUGUCUGAGGUUGGCGUUUAAUGCAUUAGGCCAACAGAUGUGGAGUAUUCUUCGCAGACAAGUUGCGUGUAAGGUGAAUUGUUUGUUCUGGUCAGUCACUUUCCAGCAUUCUGUACCAUACAGCACAACACUGGUGGAUUUAGAAUUUGAUCUUUGUGCUGUUAUCUAUCAUCUUGACUUAGAAAUCUGUUGGAACUUUAAGAAGGUUUCACUUUAGCUGAGGGUUCUGCUCAAGGACUUUUAUCACAGCAAUCCACACACAAAAAAACAAACGCAGCAUGAAGCCAAUAUGAAAACCCAUUCCAAGCAUGUAUGCAAUAACGUGUCGUCAAGCUAAAUUAUUCUCAACAUAACAUUGCUCAUUGUAUUUCACUGUGGGUAAGGGAGACCAGGUCUAACCAUGAAAAUGAAUCCUGGGGAAAAAAAUGACCAAAUUGCAUUAUUCUGCCCUGAAUGCAAGGAAGGUUUCUUUUUUUUGCCUGUUUGUUUUGUUCCUUUGAUUUUUGCAAAUAGUAGACAUUUGGAACUAUAGUAAAUCCACUGUUGUCAGUUCUGCCAAAGGUUUUAUCAUUCACAUGAAAUAAACACUUGCACAUCAAAAGCAAA